AUGGAGGCUAACUCAGAUUUGGCCCCUGACUCUUCUGAGCCAGAGGAAAACGCCCAAAUGACGGAGGACAAUCAUGAAGUCGAAGUCACGCCAGAGCAGACAGAGCAAAUCGUGACGUUUUCUAUGUCGACUGGAAAUGAGGAUUUAGACGAGUGUGCUAGGGUUCUAAGGGAAAAUAACUGGGAUUUGGACAGAGCCGUUAAUUCUUCAUUAGCAGGGACAUCUAGCCCUUCUCAAACGAAUAAUCCACCUCAAAAUGUUGCUAGAACGAGCUCCAAUGAUAGCAAUAUUCUCAACCUAUCCGACGAUGAGGAGUACCCCGAAAUCAGAAGGCGGAGACCUCCGAUGGCGGUGGCUGAUGAUGACAGUAAUAUUCCACCUCCACCUCCAAUCGGUCCAGAACUUGAGCCGACCGUCACAUCGAUGAGCUCGCAAACUGUCGCAAGAAGACCCUCUGGAACUGUUGUUUCCAUGAUCUUCUCUUUUAUGAGCCUCGCAGUGAAAUCGCCUUGGACCAUCGUCAAAAAUACAUUCUCGUUAGUUACUUCUUGGUGGCGAAAUCUUGGCCCGGAGUUGACACCUGCCCAGCAAGUGGACGAUUUCGCUGUUAAAUUUAACAAGAAAUAUGAUGAAAUAACUUGGAUGAAAUGUCCAUACAACGCCGCUGUUAACGCUGUGAGAUCAAAUCUGAGACCCGUUAUCGUCUAUCUCGCCAAUGAAUUAAAAACUGAAAAGAGUGAUAAUUUCGCGCAACUUCUGGUGACGUUGAAUACCGAAUUAUCUGGUAGAAUCGACUUCUGGGGCUGCGAUAUCAUGAGUCCAGAAGCGGUCAGAACAGCUGACCAAGUUCGCGCGACAAUUUUUCCAUGCGUUCUGAUUCUCGGGCUUCACAAGGAUCAGCAGUCAAUUAUCUGGAGAACAGCUCUUGACAAUAUCGAUGUCGAGGACUUGAAACUUCAAGUUGAAAGAGCCGAAGCCGAACUGGUAACCGCCAGGCAUGAGGCUCAAGUCCGGCAAAUGGACCGUUCUCUUCGUGAACAACAAGAUGCUGAAUUUGAGAGAACGAUGGAAGCCGAUCGAAAGCGACUUGAAGAAGCGCGACUGAAAAAGGAAGCCGAAGAGCGUAAAGCUCAAGAGGCGGAAGAAAAGAAAGAACUUGCGCAACGACGAUUGACCGAAACUCGAGAUCGGAAGAUUUCUGCAAGAAACAAUCUCGCGGCAGAGCCCGAAAACGGCAUUCGUCUUCAAUUCAAACUUCCAAACGGCUCUAAAUUCAUCAGAAAGUUCGUCGAGGAUGCUCCGAUUUCGGAUAUUUUCCUUUAUGUCGAAUCGCUGGAAGAUUCGCCCGGGCAGUGCUUUAUUUCUACAGUCUUUCCAGUUCGAAAAAUAACGCCUUCAGAAACUCGCUCUCUUGCUGAACUAGGAAUUAAAAACAAUGAUCAACUCAUGAUUCAGGCAGUGGAACUGUUCUCCUCCUCCGAUGACGAUGAAUCAGACGAAAGUGACUAG